AAAAACGCACGUUUUUCACGUGUCACUUGGUCAUAUUUUCCGGAGUGAGGAUAAUGUAUAAGCUUUUCCAAUUACUGUAAUGAAAGUUACAUUUGGUUCAGAAUUAAGAUGUAAAACAGACCCCCGUAAUGUCCCAUGGUAAUACUUAGUGAUUGCACAGCUAGAAUAUAGAGAUAGCUUCUCUUGGUAAAUAAUAGACACGUAACAAUAGAUCAAAAACAAAAAUCGGGAGAUUAGUUUCUGCUUUUUCUGUUGUAGAUCUACCUAAACAUUAGGAUAUAAUCAUGUCAGACGAUGAGAAGGAAGCGAAUAUGAUGGAGCCUCCAUCAGUGGAUAUUCCUCUAAAUGAACGCGUAAAUGAUAAAUCUCGGCGUUCCAGCGGAGCAUCAUCGGCGUCUACGUCUUCUUUUGAGGAUUUAAACGUAAUCCGUCUAAAUAACACGCGACGGCGUUCUGGACAAUCAUACCACAGUGACAUAAGUGACGGACCCGCAACGGUAGAAGUCGCGCAAAUAAAGUCGCCAGUAAUUGAUACGGGAUCACCAAGCACCGCACCGGCAUCACCAAGAGCUAUGCUAGCUUUCAAAAAGUCAUCAAUUGAAGAACAACCGGUUUUGACACAUAAUUCAUCACCAUCGAUGUCGCCGAACCUGCAAUCUACUCGUGCCAGCACUCAUAGCGUGUCUCCGAAACCAAACGCAAAGACUAAACAAGCAACUAAAACGAAAACAAAAACUAAACCAAUAAACAUGAAGGGAAAGAAAAGUAAAAUACCAGAAAACAGAGAUCCCGAGGAUGUAAAUGGCAUAGUAAAGAUUGAUUUUGAAGAGAUUUUUGCGGAACCGGAGGGAACGUACAGUUUUGGAACCAUCUGGGGCGCGACCUAUCGGAUUUUCACCGACACAAAGCUUUGGUGUUACAAAUUUCUGUCAGCGCUUUGUGGUGUUCCUUGCGCUUUGUGCUGGGGUCUCCAUUUUGCGUGCCUUUCAUUUUGCAUGAUUUGGUAUUACCAGCCAAGCAUCCGGAGUUUCUCCAUUCAAGUGAAACCAUUACAGAAAGUGUACGGAGUGUUAGUUCAUUCCUUUAUUGAGCCUUGUUUUGCUGCUGCUGGAAAAUUGUUUAGCAGCAUAAAAGUGCAUAAUUCGAACGAUUGAGCGAUAAAGAGUGCAUAUUUUCUUUCUUUUAUAAAACAGGCUAUAACUUCUUGGGGAUAAGUGCAAUUUUAUAUCGACUCUCAUCUACAUCGCUGUCAUCUUUAGAUUAGUUAUAUAUAUAUUUACAUUUUUAGAUAUUUAUAUUGUGAUGUUUGUUUUUUAAAUUUUGCAAUAACAUUUUCUUUCAUUGAGAUGUCUUCUUCUUAUAUAAUAAGAGAAUAAAACAAAACAUUUUUGUCUUAA